ACACAUUCAUCCACUGAGAAUUUGGCGUCUAAACUUUUUGAUUUGUUUAUUAUUUUCAAUAUUUUGAAUUUCGAAACAAUCAUGAAUAAUCAAUCAAGUUCAGCUAUCCAAAACAAAAUGGAUAAAGUUUUUCAAUUGUAUGAAGAAUUUUUGGCCAAUCAAGAUUCCGAUUGUAGUGUUGAUCUGAAAAAUUCCGAUAUUGAUUUUUUAUUUGAAGACGAUGAUGAUGGUGAUGUGGAUAUUGAAAAAUUCAACAAUUCCCUCUAUAACGACAAAAUACAAAAUACACCAUCAUCGAAAUGUCAGGAUAAUAAUAAUGACCAGCUGAUACGUACAUUAUCAGAACAAAUAAUAUCAGCUUGGAAAGCUACUUCCGAAUAUCGUAAUGAAUUUUUACGUGAAAAUGUUCCCGAACAAAUGCUUGUUUCGGAUAAAUUGAAAUUAGAAACAACUACCGAAGAAGAAAUAUUGGAAACAGCAAAAACAUUAAUUGAAGAUUUAAAGUAUAAAGAAAGUGAAUAUCCCAAACUAAUGGCGAAAAUUUUACGAAAAAAAUACCGUAAAAUAUUAGAUGAUUUGAAUGAAAAUUUCAAUGCCGAUGAGGAAAGAUUUGCUAAACAAAUGGAAUCAAUCAAGCAACAAACAAUGAAAACAUCGGAUCAAUGUUAUUAUGAAAAUUUUCAUUCAAUAAUCAAACGAAUACUCAGCCAAAAAAAGUUUAUUGGUCAAUUUCCAUAA